AUGAUUUCUUUUGAUGACGUGUCAAAAGAAAGAAAGAAGGAAAAAAAAGUUUUCGAAAGUUUUUGUUAUUCAUCCACUGCCGGAGAAAAAGCCAUCGAUUUUAGCGAUCUGUGGAAACCUCGUGCUACGAAAUCAACUGGCGGUACUCUAUCGUCGUUACCGCCAUCUCACGCAGCUCUAACCUCUUUCAAAAGAUGGAGAAAACGUCAUUCCGCGGAAAAUCCUUCCACGGCCAAACAUAACAAUAACGAAGAUGAAAUGAACCUUUUGAAGUUUUUGGCAUUGAAUGCUUUGGAUUUAACGGCUCCGGCGAGUGACAUCCUACUUAAAAAUCGUAAUAAUAAAUGGUUUCAAUUGUCGGGUCAUCCGGAUUGUUUCGCACCGGCCGGACCCGGAACAAUAUGGAAGAAAAGAUCGGGAGUCGACAAUUCGGAGCGAGCCGUUUACGAAGCUCUUUCCGCGGAUCCCGUUCUUCGCGAUCUAGUCCCCAGGUAUUUCCGAGAAGUCGAAUAUCAGGGAGAAAAAUUCAUUGAACUUCAGGAUCUCCUCCACGGGUUUUCCGAUCCGUCCGUGUUGGAUGCCAAAUUGGGAACGAGAACGUUUUUGGAGUCGGAAGUUCAAAAAACAACCGCCAGACACGAUCUCUACCUCAAGAUGGUUGCCGUUGAUCCGAACGCUCCUUCCGCAGAAGAACACGCUUCACAAACGGUUACCAAAUUGAGGUACAUGCAAUUUCGCGAGCAACAGUCUUCCACCUGCAGCCUGGGUUUCCGAGUCGAAGCCAUGAAAUUGAGGGGAUCCCCCCCGGUUACAAAUUUGAAAAAAGUCAAAUCUCGAAAAGAAGUACUAGUCACGUUGUCUCUGUUUUUGGCGGGUAGAGAAGAUGCGAGGAAAAGAUUUCUCGUGAGGUUGAACGAGAUAAGGUCCAAGUUGGAAGAAUCUGCUUAUUUUCAAAGGCACGAGGUCGUCGGAAGUAGUCUGUUCAUGAUUUACGACGAUCACAACGUCGGAGUUUGGCUCAUUGAUUUUGCAAAAACUUAUCCAGUUCCUCCGGAAAUUGUCGUCAAUCACAGGCGGCCGUGGGUUCAAGGGAAUCACGAAGAAGGUUUACUCUAUGGAUUGGAUCAAUUCAUAAGCGUGAGUAUUAAUUCUUUCGAUAGAUACAGAGUCCGAUACGAUACGAUACGAUACCACGCGAUCGAUAAUUAA